AAAAUUUUUUUUUUUUUUUUUUAGAAGGGAUUCGAAGGGGAUUUGGAAAAGGAAGCAAAAAAAGAAAAAUCGAAGGGAAAAGUUUAGAAGUUGAGGAAAAAUUUAGAAAAAAGAAAAACUUUAAAAAGAGAUUUUUUAAGAGGGGAGCGAGUUCUUCUUCAAGAGGAAAAUAAGAAGAAGAACUGAGGGAGAGGAAAACUAACAAAAAGAAAAAAAAAAAAAGCCGAGGAGGGCUCGGUCCGGGCGGCGCAGAUCAGCCCUCGCCGGGACGGUCGGGGCUCGGCUCGGGAGGGAGGAAAAUGCCGCAGCUGGGCAGCGGCGGCGGGGACGACCUGGGGGCCACCGACGAGAUGCUGGCCUUCAAGGACGAGGGCGAGCAGGAGGAGAAGAUCCCCGAGAACGCCUUCACCGAGCGCGACCUGGCCGACCUCAAGUCCUCGCUGGUGAACGAGUCCGAGGGCAGCGGCAGCCCGGCCGCCGCCGCAGACCCCGAGGCCAUCAGGCGUGUGCAGGAUCCGCAGAGGGUUUAUCAGGAGAAGCUCCCGGACCACAUGGAAGAUGGUAUGAAGCACCAGGACCCAGGGAUGUAUAAAGGAUCCGCGUAUUCUGGCUACCCAUUCCUAAUGCUCUCAGACCCUUAUCUGCCAAAUGGAUCUAUGUCACCGCUGUCCAACAAAGUUCCCGUCGUGCAGCCGUCCCACGGAGUCCACCCGCUCACCCCGCUCAUCCCUUACAGCAACGACCACUUCAGCCACGGCUCCCACUCACCCCACUUGCCCGCCGACAUCAACCAGAAGCAAGGAGUGCACCGGCCCUCCCAGACCUCAGACAUCCCCGGCUUCUACCCGCUCCCCCCGGCUGGAGUCGGCCAGAUCACGCCCUCGAUGGGAUGGCAGAGCCAGUCUGUCUAUCCGCUCCCGUCAUGUGGAUUUAGACAGCCGUAUUCGUCAGCACUUUCCGCUGGGGCUUCUUUCUCCAGGUUCACUCACCCGCUGAUGCUGGGCUCCGGCAUGCACACCACCGGCAUCCCGCACCCCGCCAUCGUGCCCCACUCUGGCAAGCAAGAGAUGGAGCACUACGACCGAAACAUGAAACCUCAGCCAGAACCAAAGAGAGAGAAGGAAGCCAAGAAGCCCACUAUCAAGAAGCCCCUGAACGCUUUCAUGUUGUAUAUGAAAGAGAUGCGGGCGAAAGUCAUCGCUGAGUGUACCCUGAAGGAGAGCGCAGCUAUCAACCAGAUCUUGGGCAGGAGGUGGCACGCGCUGUCCCGGGAGGAGCAGGCCAAGUACUACGAGCUGGCACGCAAGGAACGGCAGCUCCACAUGCAGCUCUACCCCGGCUGGUCCGCACGGGACAACUACGGGAAAAAGAAGAGACGGACACGGGAAAAGCAACAAGAUUCCAAUUCAGAUCCUGCCUCUCCUAAGAAAUGCAGAGCUCGCUUUGGCCUCAACCAACAAACGGACUGGUGCGGCCCGUGCAGGAGGAAAAAGAAGUGCAUUCGGUACUUACAAGGAGAAGGACGCUGUGCCAGCCCAGUUUCUUCCGAUGGAAGUGCUAUAGACUCCCCUCCCUCUCCCCUGGAUGCACUCCAACGCGUACCCUCUGCUUUCCCUUCAGACCAGCCCGCAGCCCCCGCUGCCUCCGCGCACCGAGAGCCUCCCGACCCCUUCCCCGUCUCGGCCCACGCCGGCCCGGCCGCCAGCUCCUCCGGACCGAGCGCCCACCGCUCGCCCCGCACGCCCGCGGAGCCCCCGGCGCACAGCGUGGCCCCCGCGGGGACGUAGCCCCGCGCCCACCCACCCGCCUUGGCCGAGACACCGGGCACUUUGCUCACUGAACAGCACCGGAGGCCCCAACAAAUUCCCUAAGUUCACUGUCAAACUUGCAAAGUUAGGCGACGGAAUGAUUUAAGGAUGCUGGAAAACUCUUUUUUUUCCUUUUUUUGUUGUUUUCUUUUUUUUUUUGGGGGGGGGGGUGGUGGUUAAAGAUAGAAAAGUGACUUUAAAAAAGGUUAAAAAAAAAAAUACUUGCCAAAAUUUCUAAGUGCUGAUGAGUAAACAAGCCUUUUGUCCCUGCCCUGUGCUGCUUUUUUGUUUGUUUGGGGUUUUUCUUUUCUUUUCUUUUUUUUUUUUUUUUUACUGCAUUAUCUCCAAGUAUGGCAGAAAGCAAAGAGGAACCCCCAGCUUGCUGCAGUAGGUGGUAGGUGCGAUAAAUCUAACACUGGCUUCCAUUUCCUGCCUCCUGAGCUGCUUUAAGCUGUAGUCAGUCACAGAUCUCCCGUAGCUGUUGUACCACGGGGCUGGAAAAGCUGGGACAGGAGCAUUUUGCAAAAGCCCUCAUGUCUGAAGACUAAACGUAGCGAUGCUCGCUCCCUGAUCCGACUGACAGAGAAAUGAAAUACUUAAACCAGUGAGGUGUAUUUUUUGAGCUUCGUGUCUGAGGACAGGAAGGUACUGUUUACAGGUGACAGGUCUCUGUGCAGACGUCGAUCCCGCUAGCAGAGGGAAGCGGGGCGCUGACCAGGCACAGCAGGAGCUCGGCCGCUUGCAGUCUGACUGCCGACUGCUGCCCGCGUCGGUGCAGGGCCUCCCUUGCUGUCGUGACUCGGUCACUGCCGAGCUGGACAGCCAGAAUUCUCAUCCAACAGCCCGGGGGCAGUCUCAAAAAGCCUAACUCCGCAACCAGCUGUGCACUGGCACAGAGGAGCACAGCACGUGUGCACGGGGCCUGUGUAAAGCCGUAACGCCCGGCAGCCGUACUCGAGCGCUACGCUCCGUCCCAGAGCGCCUUUCCCUUGGCAAGGAGGGGUGGAGGACAGACCGUGUGCGCUCUGCCCCCUCUUGGCUCUCCCCUUCCCUGGGGCAGGCUGGGAGCAGAGCAGCACUGCCCUGCUCUCCACUUACAAUCCGUACUUACCCUCUGCCAGAUCAAAACCAUUUCUUCAUGAUUUGGUGUAGAACUUUAAAAACAACGACAAAAAAAAACAUUCUAGCUUUUUCUGAGAGAUCUUCCCUCUACCUCCUUAACGAUGCCAAAUGUUAAUGUCUUCUCUCCAGCUUGAAAACAUUUACCAGUUUCUGGUAUUUUAUUUAUAUAUUGAGCUUGACAAACAAAAACACUGGACAGAUUCUGAUCUCCAUAAACUGAUGUAAUCCCAAAUUAAUCAAAGUUAUUUACUUCACGUUUGCAUACUUGUCACAGAGACCAGAAUCUGCCUGAAAUUCUAGACUGCUGAAGAGAAAAAUAACAACAGACGGAGAGGGGGAUCUAUUUUUUUCUACUUUACAGAAUAGGUUUUAGAGUACUGAAUGCAAAUUAUGUAGUAAUAUUAUUGUAGAACUGCAAGAAAUUUAAGAUGACCUCUAUAAUGUAAAAAUAUUUUUAUAUUUUUUUCUUAACACAAAAACAAAAACCCUAAUUUUUUUACAUUGGACUAAACAACUUUUUAAGCAAGAUAAUGCAUCAAAGAUUGAAAACUUAAAAAAAAAAAAUUAGUCUGUAGAGCAUCUUUGGGUUUAUUCCCUUUAUUUAGGUACUUUUGCUUAUAGUAGUGUAGACUUUUUAAUUCCAGUUUUAGUUUAGACCUAAACCUAUUGCUUAAUUCCUCUCCUGUGUAAAUGUAACUUCAGAAGCACUGAAUGAAAGCUACGUGCACAAACCCGAAAGUCGUUUUAACCCUUAGAGAAGUGACGUUACCUGAAGCGCCUGCCAACUGUACUUGGCCGUGUACUUGCGGCACUCAGAGGGUUAAUUACAUAGCACUAGAUCAACACACAAUCUGCUCAGUCUUAAAUUAUUUUAGAAAGCUUAGACAACAGCAUGGUCCAGUGCUGAACAGAGGAACUCAGCAGACAAUUCCCAGACCUGACAUAGAUUCUUCUUAUAUAUAUAUAUA